AUGGAAAAGCUUUACUAUCAGUGAUGGGACGAAGAAGUCAGCGAAAAAUAUCAGGUUCUCAAGAAAUAUUCAUAUUCCUUAUGAUAUGCAGCAGUUGCCUUAAUUAUUACUUGUCUUACAAUAAUCCCUAAUGGACUUCAUAUAGCCAUUAUGAAUACACCUUACUUAAUAAUACAUUCAGUGAAUUGUAGUUUGGUCUGAUUAUUUGGGAAAAAAGGCCAUUUAGCUAAAUCUCUUUUUUCAAUUGGGUUUUCAGAGUUUAAUUGCUGCAUUUUAUGACUUCAAGGAAAUAAUGAAUGGAAAUCAACCGGAAUAUUAUUUGAGAUGCUAUCCUUAGUAUUUAUUAACAGUUUUGAACUCCCAUUUAUUCAAAGAAGCUGAAUAAAAAGCCUUGUCAUCAUGAAGCACUUGCUUUUAUGGAAUUAUAACAAAUAUUUUUUGGGAGAGCUUAUCCUAAGUGCAGAUUAUAUGCCACACAUUGUAGCAUUUUUGAUUAUUUUUCUAUAUAACCUGAAUUCAUACUUCUUGAAAUCAAAAUCUUACGAAAGGUUUAUCUCAAGAAAAAACCUUGAAGAUACAAAAAGCAGAUUAAGUGUGAUUCUCAGCUUAAUUACUGAUGGAAUUAUUGUAUUAGGCGAAAAUAGCGAAAUUUUAUACUCAAAUCACAAUUUAACCAGGUUGUUAAAUUGCCAACCAAAUGAAGUGAUAGAAAUAAUAUCAAGCUUAGAGUAUGUUGAAGGUAAAAAAUAUUGCAAUUUGUCAAAUUCUAAGAAAUUAAUUGAUGACCUGAACAUAAUCAAACAUUUAGAGUUAAACGAAGAAGUUAUAUUAGGCUUAUGCAAGGCUGAAAAUUUCAUAUUGGAAAUAAAAGGGCAAAAAGUUAUAUGAGAGCGUCAAGAAAGUAUUUUGUUGAAUGCCAGAGAUGCAAAUAUUAUCGUCCAAUUUGAGCAGACUGCGUCAGAUAAUAAAUUAAAGAAUGUACUUUUGAGAUCUGUUUCACAUGAGCUGAGAACUCCUAUUAAUGCAAUAACUUUUUUAACUGAAGAGCUAAUGAAUGAUCAUGCAGUAGUUUCAAAAAAAUCGAACCAAGACAAGCUUAACAUGAUUUUGGUCUCUUCAAGGCUCCUGAUUUCGCUUGUAAAUGAUCUGCUUGACUAUUCAAAAAUGCUUGCAGGAGCAUUUACAGUGCAAAAAUCAAAAUUUAUGUUAAAUGAAGUUAUUAAUAACACAAUUCAGCUAAUUCAAAUUCAAGCAGAGAAGAAAGGCAUUCAAAUCAUUAAAAGAAUUGACCCAAACUUACCAAACUAUAUUUAUACUGAUCCACUUAGAUUCAGUCAAAUUAUUCUGAAUUUAUUGAGCAACGCACUAAAGUUUACCCUUAAGGGGCAAAUCGAGAUUAUUUGCUCUUUAGAUCUGCAUUCAAGGCUAAAAGUGAUGGUAAAAGACACAGGCAUCGGCAUUUCUGAGGAAAACCUUUACAAUUUGUUCAGAGAAUUCAAAUCAGGCAUGACACAGUCUAUUAAUCCUCACGGAUGUGGACUUGGACUUGUAAUAUCAAAUCGAAUCGCAAAAGAGCUCGGCAACGACGCAAUCGAUGUUUAUUCAGAAUUUGGUAAAGGCUCAAUUUUUAGCUUUUCAAUAAAUAUCCAUGAAAGAAUCCAGCAAGCCUUAUUAAGCUAUGAUGAAUCAUGCCUAGACGAUUCAUUCAGUGAAUUUUCUACUUUAUCUGUCAGGGAUUUUAACACCAUUAAACACUCAAAAGAGACUGUACAAGUCUUGAUAGCAGAUGAUAAUGAUUUCAAUAGGAUCAUUUUAGGCACACUUUUAAGACAGCAUAAUAUACCUUACCAUGAAGCUUGCACAGGAGCUGAAGUAAUAGACAAAGUUAUAAAAGCAAACGAGCUAGGAAAACCAUACAAAUUGAUUAUUAUUGAUGGGAGCAUGCCAGAACUCAAUGGCUGAGAAGCCACAAAAAUAAUAGUUGAAAUGCACUUUGAAGGAAAACUUUGAAGCUUGCCAACAAUCAUUGGAUAUACAGCAUUUACCUCAGAGUCUGAUGUAUCCUUAUGUUUAAGUUCAGGAAUGAAAGAGUGCCUUUUGAAGCCUUGUAGUUCUGAAUUACUGAUAAAAACCAUCAUGAAAUAUUUGCCAUCAUAA